AUGGAAAUUAAGAAAAUGAAUGUCAGCUCACAGAGGCCAGUAUGUGAGCUGCACGGAGGGCAACCUCUGAAUAUUUAUUGCAAGACAGAUCAGAAACUCCUCUGUGGGAUUUGUGCCACCAGUCGGCAACACAAAAAUCAUGUCUUCUCCAUACUAUUACCAUUACCAUAACUGGGAGUUAACUAGCAGAAUAGACACACGAAAGGUUCUGUAAUCAGUUCCUUAUGAUCUCAGCAAACAGAUACUAAUACCCCGAGCUAGACAGGGGAAAUAUAUAUACGUAUGCUCAUACCCUAGGGGUCUCUUAUAUAUAUCUAUAUAAGAGACCCCUAGGGUAUGAGCAUACGUAUGUACUUGACAUGUGGAAUAUUUGAAUUACUUGUGAAACACCCCCCUCUUCCCUCCUCUUGUCUUCUGUACCUCUAUCCACCAUAAAACUGUCAAUAAAAUACGAAUUACAAAAAAAAAAAAAAAAUCACGUCUUCUCCUCCAUAGAAGAAGCCUACGACGAGCAGAUGCACUCAAAAGAGACUCUGCUUCAAGGAUUUAACAAGAGGCAAAGCAAACUGCUCUCCUGUCUCAAAUCAUUACAUGAGAAUAAAAACAAGGUUCUCGAUACCCUGUCUAUGGAGUCAGAGAAAAUACACGUCUACUUUGAAAAAGUGCAGCGAAUGUUGGAACAGAAAAAAAGCAGCAUCCACACUGAGUUUGAUAAGGCAAAACGUGACUUCAUGCAAGCUUAUGAUCCAAGGAUCAACAAGACAAACACUCUGCUUGCAGACAUGGACAAUUUUCGCAAAAGUGCUGAAAAUUUAAAGGUCAAAUCAGACCCUCUCCGAUUUCUCCAUAAAGUGCAGGAAUGUAGGCACUGUGAGAUCUGUGAGGUUAAGGAAGUGCCAAUACCAUUAGUUCCUAAUCUGGCAGUCAGCCCUCAUAUGAAGAACGUUGAUACCAAUGCAUUGAAUACCACCAGACUUGCAGAUGUGCACAAAAUGUAUUUGUCUAAAUCUCCAAAGAGGAAGCCUAAUCCUUGGUCACAAAUCCUCCACCGUGUUCGCACUGUAUCUGUUGGAAUGCUGCUCUUUUCUGUGAUUCUAGCAGCAACUUCCUCAGGGUCCUCUGAUAACCAUUAUGUGAUUGUCAAUGAAUAUAAACAUUUAGCUAGCUGCUACCCAUCAAAUGUCACUGGUAAGGCCACUAUGUCUAUUGCUGCUUGUUGGUGGCAGACUGCAGAGGAAAUAUUAUGCAUGACCAGAAGGUGUCAGUCUGAUGUGGCUGAAUUUGCAUCAAGAUUGACAAAAGGUCUUGAAAUACUAUUGUUACUGGGCAUGGAGAUAAAGAAGGCUGCACCAGUUUCGCCCAUUGUCAAAAUAAAUGAGAA